ACUCAAAAUAAUUUUGGAGUGGUCCCUUCAUUUUUUUCGUGGCUAUUUCCACAGUCAGUUCGUAAAGGGGUUCAAUAGCAGAACAAAGCUCAUUUGAAAGUAAAAAAUGUUUUGUCCAUCCAAUGCCUCACCUGUUGCGUCAAUCUCCUUUUUUGCACUGACUCUGGUUUCAAUAUCUUCACACCUGGCUCGAAAAGUCACACUCUGAUAACAUGUAACAGCUACUCCUCCAUGAUAACCGUGACAUUAUGCUGACCACUCACACACCAACCAAUCACAGAAAGCAUGUUGCCCCCUAUUUAAAGCCUGGAAUCCAAAGACACCAGACACGAAUACAAAACAAAUGAACUGUAGGUUGGAAAGCAAACUAUCACCAUCAAGAAGACGUGAAGGAAGACAGACUUCAAUCUUAUAACCAAGUGUCAUCAUGAGCUCCAAUCUUGUGAAGUCUCUUGCACGGGUUUAUGAUCCCAAACCGCUCCAUGCUCAAAAGCGUGCCAACGGUGGACGAGCUGGGGCCAAAAAAUCCUCACUCUCCACAACAAACAAACAUCUGUCCCCUCCUUCUUCAUCUCCUCCACUGUUUGUUUCUUCUCAGCCGAAGUCUUCUGCUCUUGAAGGAUGGGUCAAUGCUUUGAGCGGUAAGAUGGACAAACUCCUCGAGCUAGAGGAAGCAGCUUUAAGAAGACUGGAUGACAUUGGUCAGGAGAAAAACGCGUCGGAGGAUGACCAGAGCGUGGAGCAGACGUUGCGUGAUAUGCGUGUUGUCAUAGAAACUAUUAUAGAGAAGGCGGAGAAACAGGAUCAAAGGCUUGAUGCUGUGGAGCGUUUGGUCGGUGGAAUUCAACAGGUUGUUAAUUUUGUCGCUGAAGUUCUGAAGCACUCUCAGUUGGCUGAUAUCUUCAAAAGCACUCAAAAUCGCUCAAAAUCCAAUGGCAGGCUGAAAGAUAAAGAUGGAAAGGAGAAAUCUAAAGUGUACCCGAAGGGGUUAAAAACCCAGAAGAAAAAUAAAUUACAAGAUGCAUCAGACCUGGUCCAGGCUGAUUUAGAAGAAGUGCAGAAGCUCAAUGAACAGAACAUUCAGUUUUCUCAAUGCACAACAACAGCAACAUCCAGCACAUCAGCGUCUCUGAGUCUUUUUGAAAAAGAGCAAGAAACAGAGCAAUGUAGAGAAGAAAAGGAUGACACACAAUCAGUAGCAGUGGAGGAAGAGCCAAGAAAAGAAAAAAUUGUAGCUGAAUUGUUGCAGGUUAAAGACGAUGAACCGCCGGAAGAGAAGACACAAGAUCUAGCAGAGAUCUUGCAAAAAUCACAAAAUUCAUUCAGCCAGAAUGAUGACAGAAUUACAGUAACACAGGACAGCUGUGUGGAGCAUCAGGAAAUUCCUUUAAGCCCUAAGAGGCAUGUUAGUGAUGAGAAUCUGGAGUCAGAUGAACUUAAAAAAAGUCGAGUGGAGGAGGCGUCAGAGGAGUUACAGAUCCUGAAGGCAUUAGAAACAGAAGGUGAAGCUGCAGAGGUGGGUCCAGAGAGAACAGAGGAGGCAACAGCGGCGGAGAGACAAGAUGGAGAGCCAGUAACGCAAGAGUAUGUCAUUGAUACAUCCUCUCCUCCACCCGCUCCUUUUGAGCAUCGUCUGGUCACAACCAAAACCCACCAGAUCACCAGCUACUACACUAUCAAUAAAGAAGAAGUUCUUGGAGGUGGGCGCUUCGGUGUGGUACACAAAUGUGUUGAGAAAUCUUCUGGACUCAUAUUAGCAGCUAAGAUCAUCAAAGCUAGAAGUCAAAAGGAGAAGGAGGUGGUGAAGAGUGAAAUUGAAGUAAUGAACCAGCUGAACCACUCCAACCUGAUUCAACUCUAUGCCGCAUUCGAAUCUCGCCAUGAAAUUGUUCUAGUGAUGGAAUAUGUUGAUGGUGGAGAGCUGUUUGACCGAAUCAUAGAUGAGAACUAUAAACUGACAGAGCUGGACACCGUGCUUUUCAUCAGACAGAUCACUGAAGGCCUCCAAUAUAUGCACAAGAUGUACAUAUUGCACCUUGAUUUAAAGCCUGAAAAUAUUCUUUGUAUCAGUCGACAAACAAACAAGGUCAAGAUAAUCGACUUUGGGCUUGCAAGGAGAUAUAAACCCAGGGAAAAGCUGAGGGUUAACUUUGGUACACCUGAGUUUCUCGCUCCUGAAGUCAUCAACUAUGAAUUUGUCUCAUUCCCAACAGAUAUGUGGAGUUUAGGUGUCAUCACUUACAUGCUGCUCAGUGGACUGUCUCCGUUCCUGGGUGAGGAUGAUAAUGAGACUUUAAAUAGCAUUCUGGCCUGCCAGUGGAGUUUUGAAGAGGCGGAGUUUGCCGAUAUCUCUGAGGAGGCCAAAGACUUCAUCUCGCGCCUCCUCUUGAAAAGCAAGAGCUGGAGAAUGAGUGCAUCACAGUCUUUGAAACACCCGUGGCUUUCAGACCGAGAGCUUCACUACCGUCUUCACAAAAAGAAAAAUAAGUGUCACUCCUCACAUGCACCUCCUCUUGAGGAUUAGACACAGGAGUGUUCAAAAGCUCUAGUCGUGCCAUGGCAACAAACUGGACCAAUAAUGCUGUACCUGAACAGCUACAUCUGUUACAUACUUUGCUGUGUAAGGACUAUUUCCUGAUUACCUCAACACAUCAGCUCAGAAGCUCUACAACCCUGUGUGCUAAAACCACAUUCAACACAUUAAAAUGUACUGCCCACCAGCUAUGGUACAAGAAUAUUUCACCGUUUUGUAAAAUCCGUGGCAAAUGACAAAUUGGUCUUGGUCUUGUGGUGUAGACACGUUCAGGUGAACGGUGUGCCAAUUGGAGAUUUUUUGGGAUAUUUUCUUACUUUUCUUUGGCUUUUUACAGUAAUCUACAGGAAUAUGUGCACUUUGUAAUUAACCAUGGACUAGAGAAAAAGCUAAACUAUGGCUAAAAGGGCCCCAGAAAAAUUAUGGUUCAAGCUCUACGCACAAAUGUAUUUAGUCGUCAUCCUAUGAGUCUUAUCAUGGUAACAUUUUGUACUUCACUGGUUCGGUUACAUUUACUACAGGAAACGUUCUGUACAAGGAAACUGUACUGUAUUUUACACUUGAAACUGUGGUACCCUUAAAGGAGUAGUUCACUUCAAAAUUGGCCCCCAUUGACUUUCUAUAGUAGGAAUAAAAUUACUAUGGAAACUGAAUGGGGGCAAAUUUCGAAGUGAACUACUCCUUUAAUGUCACAAUCCUGCAAAUGAUGAGUUUUGAAUGUUAUGUCUUUAGACAGUUGUUAGGAAGUUUAAAACUUAAGUGUCACAGAAUCUUGGAGUUUUGUCUGGUUGCAAUGCAGCAACCUCAAGUACAAUUGAUGCUUUUAUUAAAAUUGUUCAGAAUCCAAUGAGCUCUGAUUUGAGACUUUUUUUAGACUUUAUUUCUAAGCCUGAAAUUUGAGAUGGGACACUGGGUUUUAAGACAGACUCUUUCAGGCAACAUUAUGGUGUUGCUUGCUUUCUCUCUUGGCAGACAUCUCACCUUCCAUGAAGGCCAAUGCAAAACACUACAAUUAUAUUGUGUGGCUCUAUAUAUACUCAGUCUGAGGUUUACUUGAAAUGCUUUCAAAACAGCGCAGGGGGCGAUGGAUGGCGGGGUGUGGUGUGGGUGGGUGUUUAAAGAAAUGUACAGCUUUAGCUAACAAAUUAGUGUUUUUGAAAUACUCUAGGAAGAGAAAGCUGAUGCAAACUGGAUUUUUAUGUCACAUAACUAAGAGAAAAGCUUUAUUUAUCUUUUAUGUGUUUGAUUUUAAUUUCUGAUUGGAAAUAGCUACUGUAUGAUGAAUGGUUUUGUCUGUAUCUUUGUUAGACCUGAAUUGAGGAAUGAAAAAAUAUAACGACUCAUAAACUACCAGAAAAAUACAGCAAAUAAAUUGUUUAAAUGCCUAAAGGUAAAUGUUGCCACCAGCAUUUAAAAGAUGUGUCUUGUGAUGUAGGUGCCUUAGAACUUUAAAAAUAUAUAAACAUGAAAAUAUAAUAUGAAAAUAAAAAGUUAAACAUUUGAUUGUCUUGUUGUUUUUAUGCAUGUUUUAAUGCAUGCAAGAGCUGUCAACUGAUGAAUUC